AUGCCUUCAUUACGACUUUUUUUCCUCGUCGCUCUUUUGGCCGCCGUAGUGCUUGCUGUACCCACCCCAAGUCGCAAGAGAGGUCUUCAGAAACGAUCAUUCAAGGUUCCAAGGCAGUUAAAUAAAGCACACCCUACUGGCCCUGAUGGCGCCGCUGCCAUGAGGAAAGUUUUUAGGAAAUACAACUUCCAGGUCAAGGCAGACUUCAUGGUCGCCCAAAAGGAAGGAUUCAUUGGGCUGUCGAAACAGGACCAGAAUGCUACGGCGGCAGCUACGGCGGGCGGAAAUAAGACCGGAAUUGUUGCCGCCAACCCAGGGCAAAAUGCUGCAGUCUUUCUCUCGCCCGUUGUUGUUGGUGGUCAGACACUAAACCUGGAUUUUGAUUCUGGCUCCUCGGAUCUCUGGGUGUUCAGCACCGACCUACCUGCUCGGGCUAUUGGCCAACAUGCGGCUUUUGAUGCUUCAAAGUCGAGCACCUUUAAGAAGACGGAAAGGGCUCAAUGGAAGAUUAGCUACGGUGAUGGCUCCGGUGCUGCUGGCACUGUUGGCACCGACACGGUUACUAUUGGAGGCGUGAAGGUCGCGAACCAGACUGUCGAACUUGCCAACCAGGUUUCACAAUCUUUUGUUGAAGACACCAACACGGAUGGCCUCGUUGGUCUUGCUUUCUCGAAACUCAACACUGUCAACGACGGCACCAAGAAGACCCCCCAGAAGACCUUCUUCGACAACGUCAUGAACGACCUCGACAUGCCCGUCUUCACUGCAGAUCUAGACCCUGACGGCACUGGCGUCUACGAGUUCGGCAAGAUCGAUACCACCAAGUUUGUGGGCGAGAUGACUUGGAUUCCAGUGAAAGCCGAAUCAGGUUUCUGGCAGUUCCCCUCUACCAAGUUCGCCAUCGGCGACAAAGUGUUCGAAAACCCGCAAGGCUCCGACGCUAUUGCCGACACCGGAACCUCGCUCCUCCUUGUCGACCAGAUGGUCGCUGAUGCGUACUAUGCGCAAGUUCAGGGCGCGCAGCUCAAUGCUCAGGUUGGCGGAUUUGUUUAUCCAUGUAAGGCUAAGCUUCCGGAUAUAAGUGUUGCUAUUGGCGAUAGCUACAUGGCUAAAAUUCCUGGGAACCGGGUCAAUUUUGCGACAGUCGACAAGGCCAACACAACUUGUUUCGGUGGUGUGCAGGGUAACCAGGGCGCAGGGCGUCAAAUAUUUGGUGAUACGAUGUUCAAGGCGCAGCUUGUUGCUUUCAAUGGCGGCAAUCAGUCCCUCGGGUUUGGCCAGAAGCCUUAG